UCGAAGAAUUUUGUCGAUUUACUUGGAAAUUAAGCAAAUGUAUAAAAAACGCUAGAAGAAUUACAAAGUGUUGAAAGUCCAUUAUGAAGACAUAUUAGACAUUCAUUUAAUUCAUUCACACGGUUAGAUUCAUUUAAAAAACGUUUUUAAACCUUAAUUAUGUGGAACGAUACUCAAAACGCGAUUUUUAUGCCGAAACACGAGAUAAAAUCCGAACUGAUGUGCUGUAGGGGAUGCUUAGGGACGGGCAGGCUGUACAACAUGCACCAGUACGGACUGGCGGAGCCUUAUUCACUGCUCACCGGAAUUGAGUUGACAGAUCCAAAUCGUCCCCAGCAACUCUGCAGUAUGUGUAGAGCCCUACUUAUCAAGUACACCUCGUUCAGAAGACGAUGUCUCGAAGCCGAGAUGCUCCUACAGAGUUUGGCAGAAGUUAAUCCGGUUCUAACAGUGGACAGCAUAUCAACAGUAGACCGAUUGACGCACCGUCUCAAUCCAUGCAAUCAAACGUCUCCAACGAACGUUGCCUACCCGGAAAUCGAGGAGGAACCAUCGAUAGAAGCACCACAAGAAGACAUGAUCUACGAAGAGCCCCCUCCCAGUCCGGAACGAAAGAAGAAGCUUAAAAAGUCCAAGCGAAAGUUCUCGUUUGACGUCGAAGACUUGCAGCCUCUGAGCACGAUCAAAACGGAGAAAUUGAAACCGAAGAAGAGCAGGGUGAACAAUCUCUAUACGGACCCCGCCGACAGGGCCAAGUUCUCGGAGCGGUACGACGUGGACAUCGUCGUUAUGAGGAAGGAAGACGAGUACCAGGAGAUGACGGACAGGAGGAACAGCGAGAAGUACUUGAGGGCCCAUAACAAAUGCGAGCAGUGCUACAAGGGGUUCAUACACGAGGAUACGCUGAAGAGACACGUCAAAGAUAAACAUGAUGUUAAUCUGGAGCACGUCUGCGAGUAUUGCAAGUUCAGGUUCAAGGAGAGGUCGAACUUGUCGGGGCAUUACCGGAGGCACCACAAGUACAAGUACAUAUGCCGGGCCUGCGGGAUCACCACGAGGAUGCGCGAGCACGCGGUGCAGCACUCCAAGAUGCACACGCAGAAGUUCGAGUGCAAGUACUGCGGGAAGGUCUUCAACACGAAGGGCACGACGUACCACACGCACGUGCGCAGCAAGCACGGCUCCGAGCUGCCCUGGUGCAGGAUAUGCGGGGACGCCUUCAUCAGCACCAAGACUCACAUGGAGAGACUCCACAAAGAGGUGCUGAACCUGCCCGCGGCGUUGCGCUGCGCCGAGUGCGGCACGCAGUUCCUGAGCGAGCGCGCGGCGCGGGGGCACGCGGCGGGGGGCGCGGGGGGGCCGGGGGGGCACGCGGCGGGGGGACCGGCGGGGGCGGCGCGGUGCGCGGGGGGCGCGUGCUGCGUGCACUGCGCCCAGCGGUUCGACGGGGAGCGCGCGCUGCGAGACCACGUGCUCGCCGUGCACAAGGUGCAGUACUCCUGCGCGCAGUGCAACAAGACGUUCAGCCAUGAGAGCAAGCUGAACAACCACCUGCUGGAGAAGCACAGCGAGGGCGAGGCCGACGCGCCGCCCGGCAGGAAGCGGUACAUGAAGGUAGCGCCCGCCAUGUGCCACAUCUGUGGGAAGAUAAUAGCGGACCAGUACCACAUGGUGUACCACCAGCGGAUCCACACUGGGGAGAAGCCGUACGCGUGCUCCGAGUGCCCCAAGCGGUUCCGCAUGCCGGAGCAGCUCCAGAACCACGUGCGCAUCCACACCGGCGAGCGGCCCUUCAAGUGCAAGUACUGCCCCAACACGUUCAAGACGUACCCGGCGAUGAGCAGACACCACCUCGUGCACACGGGGGUCCGGCGCCACGCCUGCUCCGUGUGCGACAAGGGCUUCGCCACCAGCGCCGAGAUGAAGGCGCACGUGCGGACCGUGCACAUGAAGAUCCCGGCGCGACCCCGCCCCCGCAGGUACCGCGCCGCCGCCCCCUAGCCGCCCCCCCUAUCAGCAAGCGACCCUCUUACAGUACGAAGCUCGCCAAACUAACUAUGGACUGUACAGAGCGGUACAAGACUAGCAUCGGGGAGUCCCCCGUGUGACCCCCCACUGCCCCCCUACCAGAUACUGCGUCACCAGUGACGCUUACUCGCGCGCCCUCUGACGCAUCCAAUGGAAAUGUUCCCCGGAGUGGGGAACCGAGGG